CACGCAGUCGCCAUGCCGUGGACGUCGUUAUCGUUGUUGUCGUUGUUGUGCGCCGUUUGUGCGUGCGCGGCCGCCGCCACCGUGGCCGUAGUGCCGCCGUCUCCGCCGCCUUUCCAGUCGGCAAACUUCUCCACGGCCACCGUCGGCGGCAAAUACGACAAGACCGUGUCGGCCGGCGACGAGAUGUCCGUGUCCGUCCGGGAAUACGCGGACUGCGCGGUGUUCAGUGUCCAGGCCCGGACCCGCGGUUACGUGGCCAUGGCGUUCGCCGAUCAGCUAGCGCCGGCCCGGUCCGUGGACGUGCUGCUAGCCUGGGUGGACGACGAGACCGGAAUCGGAUACGUAGUGGUGAGUCUCACCCCCGAAAACAGGGUUAUCGGGUUGGGAUCUUGCCGGAAGUUUAUAUAGAAGACCUUUUUCCCUCUACAGCAUGGGUCGGCAAAAUUUCGUGUAAAUGAACCAUUUUUAAAAAACCAUGAUUUUCAAAGAAAUAAAAAAACAUACCAUAUAAUACAAGCAACCACUAAUAUAUUUUACUAAACGAUUUUAUUGGGAAUGGGUAGUAGGCGCUAUAAAAACAUAAUAAUACGUCUUAAAUUUUGAUACAUUUUCCAAAGAGCCACAGAUUGCGUGUUAAGGUGCCGCAGGUCCCCGACCCUUGCAGCUUUUGUAGCCCGAAAUCCGUUUAAUACAGCGUGAUAUAACGCCGUAACGUAGAAAGGUUUUCUCGGGGUCUAAGGACACGACGAGCUAUUCUCGCGGGAUCCGGAAAUUUAAUCAUAUUUUUUUACGGUUACGCAUUACAAUAACUGAAACUUCGUGCUUUCGACGUUAUUGCAUAAGACCCGACCGUUGACGGUCUAUUGUCGUGUGUCGGCACAAUAACGCAACGGUCGGUUCGGGUCCGUUCGAAACCGGUGAUUGCGAUCGCGAUGCACGUCGGUCUUUCGAGGUCGUCGUCGUUGUGAUUAUAAUAUGGUAAUAUCUGUACUUAUUGUGGUUCGGACUAUGUGCGAGCUUCCCCGAACUGUGCAGACGUGUAAUGUAUCAAAUUUAUCAAAUUUACCCCGAAUACAUCGUUCGACAAAAUCCUACAGAUCUUAACGUUUCUGUGUUUAUGCAUAUCGUAACCUUCGACUCCUACCCUUUCAAACGGGACUACCGUACAAUUUUUCCUGAACACAACUAUCGACUCACCCAAUUAUAUAGAAAAUUGCAAUUUGUUUCCAAUUAGUUAUAUAAGGUGUAAUAACGAAUGUACAAUAUCAAUUUAUUAUUAACUAUUUGCAUAUUCUUUUGAUACUCGAACGUCCAUUCCAUUUAUCCGGAUUUAAAACACCACGAAAUUUGUCCGAUAGCACAUCACUCUAUCGUUCAGCGUAAACUAUUGAUUUUUGUAUUAUUGUUUUUACUACGAUUUGUGUAUUUUUUUACCGGCCUAUAAAACAGUUUGAUGUAUUCUUAGCAAUUCCUUGUGCUAAUAAUGCGGAAAAAACACCCUGUAAAAUCAUCGGAAAACGGAAAUUUUCACAAAACCGUUUUGUGAUAUUUAUUUAUAUAUUUAAAAUUGUCAGUGAACUAUACGGUUAAAAAUAUAAUAAAAAGUUGAUACUGUUCGAGGGUAUUGUGGGUAGUUGAGAAUGUAUGAUAUACAAGGUUAUACCUAUCUCAGUACAUACCUCAGUUUAUAUAAUGUAUGUAACAAUAGAUUAUUGCAGACGAAAAACGAUUCAUAGUAGUAUUCGAAAGUAGUAUCUAUCGUGAUUUUUACCCCAUAUAGCCAAUAGGUAACCCAGAAAUCAAGAAAAAUAAAAUCCACGCACCUAUAAUUGAUAUUUUCUGUUGGUUUAAAAUUUUUUUUUUUUUCAUAACUUGUGAAUCAGGACAUUAUUUCCAAAUAAAGUACAGCCGGGCGAAAAAUCUGCGUCUUUUAACGUACAGUGCGAAUCAUUUUUAGCGUUCUUACUAAUCGAAAAAUACACACACAUCUUAGUAAAACUAAUCGCGUCUUCGUUACAUUUAGAAUCUAAAAUGUAUUGUCCAAUUAUUUCGAUGUUUAGCUAAACAUUUUUAACCAGAUAUUCUUUCCGAAUCAUAUUUUAACUUUGUCAAUAUUGAUUUUCUUCCUAUCGACAAUCGGACUUAAUUAUUUUUCUCAUACUAUAUUCCAAUGAUUUACCUUCGUGUCAUAUUUUGUUCAGCCAUAAUAUAAACCGUAAAAACAUAAAUUGCAUUACAAUCCGUUUAAAAUCGCUGCUUGUUAGCUGAAAUAUUUGUUUUUAAUAAGAUUCGGCGGUAUUGGCCCGUUUUAUUUUUCAUUUAUGGACAAUUUUUUUUUUUCGUCGAGUGACCGAGAAAAAUACAAAAUUAAAACCCAUCACGCCCCGAAAUCGUUUUCUGCAGAUGCUACCGAACACGUGUGCCGGCUAUCGAUGGCCGCGUCUGCACGACCGGCAGUUAUAAUUUUUUUACGCGUAUACAUUUCGGUCGCACGACAAAAAUACGAAUCGCUUAUUACUCUGCAGGUACUCCGCCAAAUGCGCUCGCCGAGUACGUUAAUAACAUGGACAGUAAGAAAAAAAAAAUAAUAAUAAUUAUAUAAACAGCUCACGUCCAUGGGAGCGGUAGGCAUAUUAUUAUUGUUGUAAUAUUAUAUCGACCAGGCUAGUUUUGUACGUUUAAAUGUAAUAAUAAUUCGGUAUGGAGGAGUGUAGGACUGGCCGCUGAGUUAAAAACCUAACGCCGUGUUUACGAAUUAUCUAUACUAAAUUUAAAACGGUUAUAAAAUUAAUAAUAAUGAUAAACACGUACGCGGUCGUCGUCGUAAUAUGCAUGAUGAACAUCAGUUCUUAAACUUUUGGUGCACACGGACCCCUGAUGAAAGACUUUUAGAAAUCGUGGACCCCCUACCGAUACCAUUUUUUGUUACAAAAUAUCUCACGUUAUCAUAAUCAAUAUUUAUCGAUAGAGCCGCAGCGAACCCCCUACAUGAACAUCGCGGACUCCCUGAGGGCCACUGACCACAGUUUAAGAACCGCUGGUCUAGAGUAUUUCGAACAUUACCUAGGCACUUUAUUUUUUAAUAAAAAAAAAACUAGUAUUUGUUUCCCGUGUUACCAAAAGGAAUCCACAAAUCAAUAAAAAUUAUACGAAAUAUGGCCAACCAAUUCCCAUUUAUCAACAAAACUACUAGGAAAACCAAAACAUAACCUCAGCAUUGCUAUAUUAUUACAGAAAAUAUACCUAUACAUUUUGGCAAACCGAAAAAAGCGAAACGGAUUAUAAUAAAUAGAAAGCCGAACAAUGUUGACAUAAUAUUAUUAUACACCACCGUGAGAAUGAUAUUAGUUUGAAAAAUAUUAUCGGUGAUGUUGCGGGUUUUAGAGGCGCGAUCUCUAUAAUAUAUAAUACCCGUGAAUCCAUUCAUCCGUUCCUUGCGUCCCUUUUCUUUAGCCGAUAAUAUCUUAACAAAAGCCCAUCAGGUAAAAAUGUACAUCACUAAACAUAUUCCGAAUACCUGCAAAUACCUUAGUCGAAUAUUUCAUUUUUUUUUUUUUUUUUUUUUUCGGGGAUUUUCAGUUUGCAUCGUAUACUAUACUUAGCUAUUUAUAUAGGUAUUUUAUUUCAGUUAAUAAAUCUUUGGUCCCGAAGAAAAGGAGUUCAAGUAAAUAUUUUUUUUUAUAAUUUUACCUUACAUAAUUUGUUUGGUAUAAAUGGCAUGAGUUCAGUAUGUAUAUUCUAACGCGGUAUACCGAAAAUUAAAACAUCUUUGGUCGUCACUACGAUAUUAAUUUUUUUUUUUGGCAAAAUAGCCAUAAUAAUCAUAAUAAUAUAGUUCAUAUGACUCGAGCAGCCAAAUUUAGCAAUUUUAAAAUUUCGAUCGAUUCGUAUUGAAUCUAUAAUAAAAUUAACUCAAGCUCUUCUUCGCUGGAACCAAAGAAACAAUAUAACAAUAACAAUAAAAAGUUAUAACGUUCGGACAAAAAAAAAAUAAUUCGAUGCUUAUGCCGACACCGCAAUCGAAACGAACGUUGCACCAGUAGGCAGGUAUAGGUUAGGUUAGGUUAUACGGGAUACCUAGGUGUCUAUAACAGAAUGGACGGCUUUAGGACAUUUAUCAAAUUGUCAUUUUCGAGUAUAAUAAUAUAAUAAUAAUGUGUAAUAAUAUUAAGUAUGACGUGUUCGAAAACAGAAGCACGUUUCGGACGUGUACGCCGCCGCCUCCGGCCCAGAGCCCCCGGCAUUCCGUCAGGUGCACAAAGAAAUUAUUAUGUAUCUAUGUAGACAGGUACCUAUAUAUAUAUAUAGACACUACGAUUUAUAAUUCCACGGGAACAUAAAAAGUAUAAUGUUUAUAAUGUAAAAAUGUUGCUUAUGUCGGUGUAGGUAGGUGAUACGUAUUUAUUUAUGAAAAGUUCAUGUUUUUUUUUUUAUAAAUCUUAUACAAUUUUAAAAGUCGGUUUCUUUGUUCUUUACACCAAAACUUAUACGGUUUAAUGCUGAUCUUGAUAUUCGCGUUCGAAACAAAAAAGGAAUAUCGCUGUCUACUUUUUUUUUCAGCCAUCUCUAUAAAGUACACAAUUUUUGGUCUUGAAAUACGAAAAUGUAUUUUUUUUUUCUGGGUUACCUCGGUUACACGGUUAAUUAAAUUGGCACGGGCAACGUUGGACGGUACAACUGGAUCAACUGCAGCUAGUAACAUUCACGAAAAAUACUAAUAAUAAUAAAUAGCUCACGUAAUACAUAUCACUGGGAUAUUUAAUUUGUUCGUUCUCAGUUACAGAAGGUAAGUGUCAAUAAUACAUUUUCACAUAGUCUCGUUUCAUUAAUAUUUAAUUUAUAAUAUAUUAUUUUGUAGCGAUAAAUACGCCAGUUUCAUUAUUCAUUAUGUCUAAAAAAAACUAUUAACGAUUUUUUUUUUCAAUGUGAUAAGUAAAAAAAUAAAAAAAUUCUCCUGAAUUGUUUCAUGCUUCAAAUUUGACACCGACCAACAGGUACCUAAUUAUUAGGUAUUUUUAUAUUUGUUGGCAUAACACCUAAUACCACCCUUUCCGAAACCCUUGGUCAUUGGUCACUGAGACCUAGGGAUACAACGAGAAUUUUUCAUAAGGAGCGUCAAAGAAGUUAAGAAACUUAAUUUCAAUGUAUUUCUGUAUAUGUUAUCAUAUACUUUAUGAUCCAGAUACUUUACUGGGUCCAGGCCGGGGUCGCCCUACCCCGAUGAUGCUAUAACUACGUGACUGUGCGUUGACCUGCAAAAAUCUUGGCACCGCCACUGAAUUUGUGUAUAUAUUUUUCUUUCUACUUUUAAACCAUAAUUUAAUGAUCAGCACCAAAUGAGUUCAAACUUGAAGAUUACAGUUGUUUUAUAAGUAGAUUGAAGUGAUCAAAUUUCGGUUGAAUUAAUUUCAAUUUGAAUUUUACUAUAUUAUUGCGGUAGGAAAUUGUUUUUUAGCUUUGUACACCCUUACAAACCACCCUCCCCCCAAUUAAAUCAAAUCAAAUAUUUGAUUUUAAAGUAUAUAACAGCAACAAGUCGGCAGGGAGGAAAUUCUUCUCUAGUGACGGGAACUUAGAUGCUCACCAGUGUUUUUUUUUAUUAUAUGUAGUUUGUGUUUUGUGUUUUACUCAUUUUUCUUCUACCCGUGGUAUAAAAUAUUAUAAAGGUGAAUAUUAAUUAUUAUUAUCAUAGCUCCUUAUUUCACAUGUACACGCUUUCACGUAUUCACGUAAAAUCAACAUUCGAAUAUAUAAAACCGUGUAACCACUUCAAAAAUCCGAGUACCGUGUACACGUAUAUUUUCGUAUUUUACGUUAUUUUUCACGGGUUUUCUCUAAGCGCUCAUUUGAAAAAUAGUAAAUUCACGUGUACCUAUUUUAUAUAUACGUGAGUACGAAUUUUUCAUUCGCUUAUACAAGGAUUGUGUUUUUAAUUUCUAAUUUUAACUUAUUAAUUCACGUAGUCAAUCGAGACUUAUAAUAUUUUUAUGAAUAUUAUUCUCGUCGUAAUUAUUUUAUUAACAAUUGAUUCAUUUUAUUAAUAAUUGAAUCGUAAUUAAUAUUAUUUUAUAUACAUUUAUUGUCCGUUUUGUUAAAUUAAAUAUGUUAAGUCUGUUUAAAACCCAUUUGAAUAAAAUAAUAAAACGUCCACUAUUUUACCUGUAACUAUAAUAUGACAUCGUAUUAAUUGGAAUUUAAUUAAAUUUGUGUCGUGUCAUUUAAAUUGAAUUAUGAUAAUAUAUGAGUUUAAUACCGGUAUAUAUUCCGUUAUGGUGUACAAAAAAAAAAAUGAUAAUUGGUAAUAAUAUACCAAUCCAUAAUAUAAAAUACUAAUACGUAAACUCAAUUCUAAAAUUAUAUUAGAAAAUAUAUACGUAAUAUAGUUUAUGCUCGUGCAUAUUAUAUGCAGACUUUUAUGCAUGAAGAACUCUACCUAUAUGUAUCGGUAUUACUGAACCUGAACGAGACGAGCGUAUAAAAUACGACUAUAAAUCAGACAUCGUGUUCUGCGACUCGUCGAGUUUUGAAAAUUGCGUACGUUUUUUUAUGUACAUAUUAAAUUAUAGUAAAAUUAUAAUAUUCUGUGCCACUGCAAGCGUAUGUUAUUAAAAUUUUUUGCGGGAUUACAUUUAUAUUUUAAAUUCGUACGUAACAAAUGUGAUAGUAGUGUGUUUCAAUAAGAUUAAAAAUAAAUUUGUUUUAUAACAUAUUUCUUUUUUCUUUGUCAUACGUAUAUUAAGUUUAUUAUAAAAUAAUAACUCUUAUGAGCAGCAGAGUCUCUAGAAUUGAAUGCACCUCCCUCGCUCUCUAUUUCAUACAAUAAAAUAAAUAAUAUAAUUGGCAUUCUCUGCUAAACAAUAAAAUAUAACCGAAUAUUUUGCUAUAUUAUACUACCGGGGAAAUUUGACAGUAGGGAUGAAGGUUUAAAGUUUAAAUCCAAAAAAGACACAAUAAUAAGUCUAUUACGAUAUUUGUUUUUCAUAUAGCAGAAAAAGCCUGUUCACAUCUAUAUGUUGUGCAAAAGGGGAUUAAAUAUCUUAAAGCAUUUUUCGCCCAGUUGCUUUUAAUCAAUUUUAACAGUUAUACAAAAAUCAAAUAGUUUUUUAUCGUUGAAAAUAUUUUUCAUCGUUCUAUUAUUUACUAGAUCAAUUAAUUCAUUUUGCCUUCUGUUAAGAAAUGUUCAUUUUUUUCAAUAUCACAGAACAAUGGAUUCUUAUCCAUGUAUUGUUUGGGUCAGGUUGAUAAAAAUAAUUUUUUAAUGUUCUGGCCAUGCUCAACAAAACGUGUUCAUAUAUUUCACUCUUUACCUCCUGUGAUAGAUAUUCACUUGAAGAUUUCAAAAAAAACUUGUUAUGUCGGAAAAUUACAAAAAGAGUUCUUUUUAAUACGUUUUGUCCAAAUUUCAAACUCUUUUUUAUAGUUUCUUCGAUUUUUAUCAUCAACAUGGAAAACAUCAAUAUAAAUUUUUUGUAAACUCAAAUUCAGUACAUUAAAGUAUUCAAGCACAUCAACCAAGUAAGCUGUCCGACAAAGCCAUUUAAUAAUUUCAUUAAAAUAAAUUAAGAAAUCACUAUACAGUAGUACACAACCACUGACCCCUAACAUCAAUACGCGGACCCUUGGAGGUCCGUGGAUCACCAAUUGGGAACCACUGGUCUAAAAAGUAAAGGGCGCCACCAGAAAUAAUGUCGAAAAUCAGCGGAGAAAUAUGUAGUUUCAACAGACACAAUACAGCGCAAUAGUAUCUAUUUUCAGGGAAAAUUCGACAAAUAAUUAGGUUUAAUUUUCUAUUCCUAAUUUAAAUUUGAAUCAUAAUAUAUAUAUAUAUAUAUAUAUAUAUAUAUAUAUACUAUAUAAUAAAUAGAGGAGUAUAUAAUACAUAGGGGAGUUUUUUUUAGAUCGUAUUGAUGAAGUUAAUAGUAAGAAAUAUUCGUAAAUUUUAAAAUUAGAAGAUGAGAUUUUAUGCCAAAAAAGUAUACGCCCGUACAAUAGGUAGUAUGUAAUACAGUGAUUAUUCUGUAGGGCUACUCGCGUAACUCGAUAAAAUCUGUUAUUAUUAUCGACAAAUUUACGGUUCGUUAAGCUAAGUGGAAAACAACAACAAACAGAAGAUAAAAAAAAACCAAUGUAAAAAAAUUUAAGAAGGUUAGGUAAUUUGAUUUAUAUCAGAGGUGCGUUCGAAAUCUUGUAGGAAGAGUUCGCUCUUACCAAUCUAAUGAUAAACAACUGAAAUUCCAAAUCAAAUUAUAAUUCCAAUAACCAAACAGUAGUUAAUAGUGUCUUAUUCUAAAUAAAAUGAUAAUUUUACGUUAAAUAUUUACAUUUUUCAAUUCGUUUUUUGUAAGUACACUAAACAUAUAAAAGAAAAAAACGUUAUAAAUGGUUUUGUCCCUUCCCCUACGCUCUGAGUCCGCCGCUACAGAAUAUACUAUGUAAUCACCACGUAAUGGCGUCGAUGCGAGCGAUAGACUGACGUAUAGCAAAUCGACGCUUUCAAUAAUCGCCUUAACGUUUGAAAAAGUUUGAAGGUUUUAGUGUUUUUUUUUUUUAUUAUUAUUACUCUUUUGUAGUGUUGAUGUGGUAGUUUUUAUUUUUUCCCGUGAGUUAAUUUUGGAAAGUUUUUUUUUUUAGUCCGACGAGAAUGUACAAGGUGUUCCAUUUAUCAUGUGAAUCGGAAAUUUUCUCGGAGGACUUUAAGUGAAUUUGAUUUCUGUUUAUUUUUUUUUUCAAUCAUAUUAUAUACGGAAUCGUUUAAGCUUCAUUUUGCAUUUUUUCCAGUUUAAACAUACAGUUUGAAUUUUGGACCGAAAGAGUGAUCCGAAAGAUUAUCAGUUUAUCAUCUGUCUAAAAUUGGAUUAAGGUUUACCAUAAAUCCUUCUCUUCUCGUGAUAUCGUGGACGGCCGUCGAUGUAUGACACAAGUGUGACAAAAUUUCUAUUUUAGCAUACAAAUAGCAGCCCAAUUCGCCUCUGAAUCUAAAUAAUAGUUAAUUUUUACUUCGUGUGAAAUCCAGUAUAUAGGUUUAAUGUCUUACGGUUUUUUUUAAAUUUUAUUUUGAACAUCUACUCUAAUUUUGACUAGUUAGACUUAUAUAUGGUUUUUUUCUAUCUAACUCGCCCAGCCUUGAUGUUGGAUAUCGUAAUUUAAGCGGAACCGCGUGCGCCGUCGUCGGUCUCUCAUCUCCGGUCAUUGUUAUACGCCCGGAAACGAACACGAUAACGAUCCGUACAUCUCGUAUAUUUUUCCUCAGAACAAAUUUUCGACCAGAAGACUUUAGCUCCGAUCGUCGACAUCAGUGGUACUGGUUCCUGGUACCCAAUUUUUUUGAAUUUAAUACAUUUAUGGGGUGGUCAUAUUUAAUAAUCCUUAUACUAUUUUGAAAGCAGAAAAAUUAAUGAUAUAGGAAAAACGAAAAUAUUUAUAUGUGUAGGCAACGUCUCCGUUUAUCGUCAAAUUAAUUAUCUUAUAUUGUAGUACAAUUUUCGAAAUGUUCUGUGGAGUUUUUAAUUUCUCAUGGCUUAAUAUUUUAAAUAUUCAUGUUUUUAUAGUGUUUUGUGUGCGUGUGUGUUUUCUUUAUACGAAUACAAUUUGUUAGGCUCCGUGUAAACUUGAUACGAGAUUCAUAAUAAAUUCCUGUAACUAGUAAAACAAACAUAGGUUAUUGAGACCUUUUUUUAUUUUAUUAAAAUUUGAAAUUUAAAUUUUGGUGAAAUAACUCAUAAAUAUCACGAAAACGUUAUAAAUUAAUUUCAGGUUACCCAGGUAUAGUUAUAAUAUAAUUACGAUUUCCAAUUCAAAAAUGAAAAGCAUUUAAUCAAGCUAUUCACCUACAAUCAGAAUUUUUUUGGUUUUUUUUUUUUAAAUAUUAUAUUUUCCUAAACUAUAUACAGGGUGAAUCUUGUUCUCGGUCCGAUAACCGCCCACAAUGAUUCCUAUAUAGUAAUUUUCGGGAGGAAAUUAUGUUUUAAUGUUACCUACGGAUAUUAUAAUAGUAUCGUUAUUAAAAAAAAACCACCUACCCGCUUAUAUGGUUCUCUCGUCACGGUCUCGUCAACGCUGGUUUAAAAAUGAGCACGCGCCGGUCUCGUGGAACAUCGACGACCACGACGCCGCCACCGCAGGUGCUGUGAAUAAUAGUUACGUCCGGUAUAAUUUUACAUUUUUUUCCCCCCUUCGAUUAUAAAAACCGCCACCAUGCGGCAUUAUUGUUUGUAACGUCCCGUCAGCAGAUGCAAUAUUAUAAUAAUAUACCAAACCAAUCUGCUCGCGGAUACGACUCUGAAAAUAUUUUUACUGCAAUUUAAAAUUUAGAUCUGAGGGUUAUAACUGUACUAUUUUUCGAUAUUCGUUCCUUUUACUGCAACUCCUAUCUAAAAAUUAUCAAACUAUUAUAAUGUUCUAGAACGGUUUCAUCGGAUAGUGUAUUUUACUACACUACACUUAAAUUUGUUGGAGUUUUAGGAGUUUGUUAGUGUCCUAAAUAAUAAAAACCAAACCUUACCAUUAGCUAUUCGAUAAAAAACCAGGACGGGUUGUGCAUUUACUCAUCGUUUGGGUCAAACUAGGAUAGAGUCUGUUAAUAUAUAUUACACAUACAACAUUCGAUAUUUGUGUUAAUGUUGUACAUAUUAUCAACAUUUAAGAAAACAGACUAAUUUUUCGAAUCCACGAGGUAAAAACGUGAGUUAUUAAUAUACAUUAUAUACAAUCCGAUAUUAAACUGUCAGUAGGUACCUAUAAUAUAUGUAUGCGUUUAUGGUAUACACGGGAUAACUUCGAAAACAUAGUAAAUAAAAUAGAUUCUUUAUAAGAUGGCAUAAUUAUAUGGACGUUUAAAAAACCUAAUCGAACUUCUACGAAAAAUCUGGAGAAACGUUUCUGUGAUUCACUAAGCAGACUCAUUCCAUUUUUUUUUUCUGUUAAAUUUGGCAUGCAUUUAAAUUUUGAUUUUUGGAAUUUUUAAAUGUAGUUAAAGACAAUAUUUUCGAAUACUUAUAUUUUUACAUUUAAGGAAUAUCCUGUGGUGAUACCAACUUUGAUUUUUCAAUUGAGAACUUAUUUUAAAAAUACGAUAAAUAGAUGGAAUAUUACUUUGAAUACAUUUUGCUGUUAACAUUUUUGAUUUCCGUCAACCCGUUGACGAAAUAUUUCACUUUUAAGUUUAGGUAGGGGGAGAUUAAUGGAGCACUAAUAAAACGCCGCGCGCCGUACCACCAAACAAGUCACAAAUGAUACUCCGUGCGAUAAAAAAGGUCUAAAAAAAAUCAUAUUACACAAAAUAUGUCAAUAAUUAUUAACAUAAGUAUAUGGUAAUAUUCAAAAAAAACCACAUUAUACGUAUUAUAAUAUCACGAUAUUUCCUCGCGUCAAAGUUAUUAUAAUAUAGUUUUUGAACGAAAUAGAAAAAAACAUUAUUGUUUUUUGAUGGAAUAUAAUUGUAACUUGCAUUAUACAUACUUAUACGUAUCAUACGUAUCAUCGACUCGUCGUUUGUAUGAUAAUUUUAUUUUGGCCUUUAUCUGAUCCGACUGGAAACGAACAUAAAAAAAAAAAUACACCGCGUACAAUCUUUCCACCGCACUCUGUUCUUCAUAGAUCCCUUUCAAUGUAUAUAUAUAUAUAUAUAUAUACACAUAUAACUGGUUUCCGUGUACCUCUCAAACCCACAGUGUUCCCACGAGAUUUUUCGAUCACCUCAUAUAUACAAUAGUAAUGAUAAUAAUAUAAUGUACCUGGGGUCGUUUUCUCAUGAGAAAUUUAUAAUAUAUAUAUAAUUUCAUUAUAUUGUUUUGAAUUCGAUGUUUUUUUUUUUUUUUUUAAAUAACAUUAUACUAUUGGGUAUCACUUUGAAUUCGGUCGGUAUACAUGGUAAUAAUAUUAUGCGUCUUGAGGAAUUUUCCCAAAGCCAAUCCUAUACCUAUGUGUUUUAUCUUCUUUCCGCGCAACUUCAUUUGAAAAAAAAAAAGAAUGACGUAUGACCGUUUAAAUAUCGGCAUUUUGAUUUUGUAACAUAAUUAUUUAAUUUAUUAUUUUAUUAAAUAUUUGUCCUAUCCUAUAAAAUAUCAAUCGAUUUUUAGUUAGGAAUGUUCGAGAUAUUAUGUAUAUUAGUUUAAACUUUUGAAUAAAUUUGUUUUUAAAAUUUUUUAAUUGCGAUUAUGUUUACGUUUUUUGUUUUUGAUCAUUUAAUGCAUUAACAAAAAAAAAAAUAACUUUUUAACAGAACCUUAACUAUAAUCAAUAAUAUUAUCAUCGCAUUUUUUUUUUAAUUUUUUUAUAAUAAUCAAAGCAUAAAGGAUCAAUAAUAAUUGUGUUUACAAGGGUUGGGAACGUUGGAAUGUUUAUGCUAAACGUGCAAAAAAGAUAGACAACAUGGACAUUAACAAAUAUGAACACAAUAUAUCAAAUAUCAAAUACAUAAUAUUGAAACCAAUUUAUUAAUAAAUAUUAUUAUUGAAUUAUUACUAUCGUUAAAUGUGUGCUUGAAAACAGAAAAAUGAAACCCAAAGUAUGCACUUGUAAAUGGAAAUUGGGAAUAUAUUCAAUUAUAUCAAAAAUAAAAGUUGGAUGAUUAUAAUGCACGAAAUGAACCAUUCAAUAGGACAAUAUUUAAAAAAAAAAACAACACACAAACGCAUGUUUCCAACUCUAGUUAUAACAAUGUUAUGUCAUUUUUUGUUUUUAUUUUUUAUUCAAAAAUACAAUUUUAUCAAAUUCCUAACUGAUAAAAUACUGUAUGCUACAGAAAUAAAAACAAAAAAAUCCUCUUUCCAUGAACGCAAACGCACCUGUUGAUCGCCGUGUGGCUUUCAUAGUUUUCAGACUAUAUAUAUGCUGCAGUGUACACCGUACAUGUGAGGGGAUGUAUACAAUUAUUCGAAUUCCGGUUUUUAUUCGGAAUUUAUACCAAGUCUUAUGAAUCGUUAUUAUUAUCUUGCGUGCGUAUUAUAAUUCAAAUAGUAAUUACGUUAAAUUAAUAAUGCGUGUUAACUUUAGUUAAAUACUCGUUGUACAACUAUACGGAAUUAACAAUAAGGUUAAAAAUUAUAACACGCCACUAUAAAAUAUUAUAAUGUAUACUUAAUUAUUAUACUUAUAACAGUAUUAAAUUUUGUAUAUAUUGCAAACAUUGUUUGCAUUUUAGAAGAUAAAAUGUAUACUUUAUAUAGUUGCGGGAGACAGCAGUUGUUCUAAAACUAUAAGAAUUUGGUAUGAUAAGAUUUCGGUAACGUGACCCGGUCGCAUAUUAACAUUAUAGUGCACAAAAAAUAAAAUCCUACCCGACGUGAUUGUGCGUAACAAGAUUUAUGUUCAAUUAAUUUUUUUGUCCCUAACUUCUAACCAAAAGCCCCAGACAAAGCAAUUGUCUUAUUAAAUAUAGUAUAGUAUUUAGUAUUCAAAUAUUAUAAAUCAAAAUAUAAUUAUUGAAAUUAAUAUUUUAUAGGUAUUGAUAGGUAUGAUACCUUAUAGGUAUCAUUCAGUUAAUUAUUUCGUCGUAAUUAAAAAUAAAAAAAUACUUUUUAUUUAAAUUUAGUUCAAAAGUUUUACGGUUUUUUUAAUAAUUGUAUGCAGGGUGAGAGGUCCGUGUUAAAUAGACGUUUAGGACGAUGGUGAUCUGACCAGGGUUGUCAUCAAAGGGUGAAACAGGGCCCAGUUUCUUCUAUAUAAUAUAAAUAUAAUAAAAUAUUAAAAUAUUAAAAAUUUCGACCUGGGCCUAGCAAAUCCUAAGGAUGGGCCUUAGCCAACCCCAAAUAGAUGAUAUAAAGGUGAAGGAGAAGAAGAAAUAUAUUUUUAAAACGUACGAAUCCAAUAAAUAUACCCAUAACAUUAUGAUAAUUUAAAAUCCCUUAUUUAAAUACCGUUUUUAAACAAGGAAUUUUCAAUAACAAGGAAUUUUCAAUCCAUUUAAAAGUAUAUGCUUAAAAAUCUAAUUUUAAAGUAAUUAUUUGAUGAAAUUUUCAAACAAAGAAAUCGAGACAUGACUUUUCGAAACAACGCGUAAUAAUAAUUGACCAACGUACAACGCGAAAACAAAAACUUAUUAAAUGAUAAGGUUUUAAUAAUAUUAAUUUGACAAACGAUUUGAUGCUAGUUUUGAACGCCUUUCAAACGAUUUCAAUAAUAAAUUUCUUAAACUACAGUGCGAUCGUUUCAAAUUUAAAAACGGUUUGAUGUUUUUCAACCGUUUUAAAUCGUUAACAUGACAAUAAUAAGUUUUAGUUUCAAAACGAUAACUUAUUAUUGUCAUGUUAACGUACUAACUGUUUGUACGUUAGUUAUGGUGUUAACAAAAAUUUUAGCGCUUUUCUUCGCGCCAGUAUUAUUAAAUAUAAUAUAUAAUAUAUUUACAUAAUAUUACUUUUUGGAUUCGAUUCUUCGAAAUACGUCACGUGAUACUAAUGAAAACACGUGUUUGUUUUUUUUUUUGUUUCACAGGAUAUGCACGGCAAAACCGAAGCGGGUCUAACACCGGAAAAGGAUGUGAGCCAAGACUACGAGCUACUGGCUUCCUCCCAAAACGGCUCCCACACGACCGUGGUCUUCCGAAGGGCUUGGGACACCUGUGACGCACACGACGAUGCCUUGUUCGGGGUAAGCGAAACCUGUUGUUUUUUCCACAAUAUAAUCGUUCGAAUCGAAUAAUAAUAAUAAUAAUUCAUGUCCGCACGCAAGACGUACUAUCAUCGUGCGCGUCCACGAAAAACCGGUUAUUACACGUGAAAAAAAAAUUAAAAUAAUAGCCAGUACGUCCUGCUGAUCGUGCUUAAUGGAAACGACGGAUUAUUCGUUUAAUUAAGAUUAAUGGGGAUCACAAUUAUCAUUAUCGAGGUAGACGUACGGUUUUUUUUUUUUUUUUUUUUUUUUUUUUUUUUUUUUUUUGUCGAAUUCGAAUAUAUUACUAUGAGUACACACUGUUUUUCGCGUAAUAAUAUACUGUUAUCGUUUAGCUGGUAGAUAAAUUAUUACAAGCCACAUAAAAUUGAUUAUUGAUCACGCGUAUAUUUUUUACUCGAUGUACGUAUACUGUAUAUUUCCGAAUUUUACCCCGAACGCCACGAUAAAUCAUUGCGAAUAAAAAUACGAUUCUGGGUGAGGCUUGGUUAAACGUUUAGUAUUUUUAUACUAAAUUUAAUAUUUUACUACGAAAAAUAACUUAGAGAUUUUCGUAAAGCACACUAUUUUGUAAAAAUUUGGACGCUUAUUAAAACGGGUUUUCUCGAUUAUUAGGGAAAAGCACAAGACAUUUCAAAAUAUGAAGGACCUAAGGUCGAAAGACUUUUUUAUGCAUAAAUUAGAUACAAAAUACUACAAGAAAACGUCUAUGACAUUUUCCAAUUGAAACAAGUCUUCUGGACGAAAUCUUGUUUACAUCAAACAAGAAAAAGCACUAAUCAUAUAAACUAUUAAUAUAAUCAUAAUCAGAUUAAUAAAUUAGGCAUCUUAAGCAGACCGAAAUUCUCAACGAAUUCUAAUUUCUUUGCCUAAAUAAGGAGUAGAAAUUUCGGGUUUCAAUACGUCGUUGUCAGUGAUUUCCAAAAACGAAUGGCGGUUGAGAAAAGCAUAAUAGAUCCGGGCGCUGAAAACCACAAAAUACAACGCAAAGACGUAAUACAAAUAGUUUAGAUGUCGAGCGUACGAUUUUGAUGCUAGUCGAGACGAUUGGCGGACGAACACCAACACUUCUUGGAUCCGGUUGCCGUCUAUGUAGCACGAGUAAUUACCGGAAUCACCGGAAGUAAUCGCGACCAAGUAUAAUGUUCCAAAUACGUCCAAAAACGCUCCUGACGCAUCGAUGGCAUCAACAUCUUCCACCAACAAAAGUCCAUUUCUUCUCCAAGUCACCUAUAACCCACCAAAUGUUAAGUCAGUUUUGUACGUUUAUGGAAACCUUCAUUAAAUUUUAAACAGUGACUAAGUCAGUAAAUGGAAUUAAACUGAACUAAAAUAAAAAUAUGGGUUCAUUGAAAAAUUUCAACCUCGGCAAUUUAGAAACGAAAGCCAGCCAUACUUCGCACCUUGAGUCAUGGCACUGUUCACUGUUGUAUAAUAUAACAUGUAUAUUUUAUAGGUGUUGGGAUGUUGGUAACGUAGAAUUCAUAAGUUUAAAUCAGUAAACUAGAAAAGUUAAAAAAAAAACGUGUGUCUUUUCCCUGUUUAAUUAGGCAAUAGGGGUGCCCGGAUGUCUAAAAAAAAAGAUCUGAUACUGAUAAUAAGUGUGCUACUGUUAUAAAUGGAAAGAUGGAAAAACAGAAUAUAACGUGUAGAAUAAUUUAAUUUAUAGUUAUUCUGUAUAUUCUGUAAUAAAACUUAUUCUGAAUGAAGUUCGUUUAAACCAAUUUUAAAAUGCCACGAUUAUUACAAUUUUCACUCUAUAAAACGCUUAUAAAAAAUAUUACUACAUUGUAUAAAUUAUUAUGUUUACCACUAAGGUACAAUUUAUGAAGACUCUAGUAUCGAAUUGUUGAGCAUAUUUUCUGGCCAAAAAAAUUUUAUUUUUAUAGAACCAAGUACAAAAUAAAAAAAUUAUCGAAAAUUUAAAUUGACUAAAAAAAGCGUAAAAUUGAUAUACCGUUUUUGAAACUUUGAACACGUCUAGAAAGGGUUGAUACAGAUUGUGCUGAUUAGUACUAAUUCGGUGAACAUUUCAGGACCCAACGAUGAUUUCUAACCGAAUAAUAAUAAAAAAAAACAAAAACCAAAAGGAAAAUUUCGCACCAGAAGACCGGAAUCGUUUAAUUGCAUGGCUAUUACGUAACAGAUGACCUACGGGAAGCAUCCAUAUUCAUCUUCUAAACUCUUUGAACUAUUUUUUGAUUUAAGAUACUACCAUAUUUUCUAUUAUUGUUAUUUAUUUUUUUUUUUUUUUGAUGAUUUGACUGCUGAAAUCUGAAAUCUUGUAAUCUUAUUUUUCCAAAUUAUUUAAAAAAUCUAAAAAGAAAAUCAUAAAAAAUAAUCUUCUCAAUACACCAACUUGACAACAUUUGCUACCAGAAACCACCUCUAAAAUCAGAGCAAGAUUUUAAGUUAUUCACAGAUAAACAAAAAACACCUCAUUUUUAAAUCAACUUCGCUACGCUUAGAAUCUAAAAAUACAAUGUAAAAAUUUCAAAACUUAAAUGUGAGCAAUAUAGAUUUAAGAAUUAAUUGAAACUAAAAAUUCCAUUUUCGAAAUUAUAUCGUACUUGUAAUUGUCCACCUAAGUUCCUAACUUGCAGAUUUCUGAGUGUGUUAUAGAUUUCAUCCAAAAUCGAUAUUUAUAUAUUUCAUUGAAUGUAUUAAUUUUUUUGAAAAACUUUUAAGAAUCCAGAAAAAUGGGCCAAAUAAUUUACAUACUACAAAACAGAUAUGACGGUAUACGCUGUGAAAGUUUUGGAGUAUUUUUACUAACCGAAAAAGUAUUUUUCGAAAUAAUAACAUAUCUUGAUAAUACUUAGAGUUUUCUGACCGCUACACUCAGAAUCUAAAAUGAACAAAUCGAAUGGAUAAAUAUAUAUACCUAUAAUAAUUGUAUUCGUUUCAAAAUAACUAAGCUCGUAAAACUGUUUUUAUUUUUAAUUAAAUUAUUAAAAUUUAAUCCGAAGCUGUUACGCAAACGAUAUCAAUAACGAGGAGUGAUCAAAUGGAAACAAAAUCCUAAAUUCUGUUUUUGAAAACCGUUUUUACUAAAAAGACCCUAAAUUCCAAGUUGUUUGCGUAUAAAUCAUUUAAAUCGUUUAAAAUGUCAUUGGUCGGUAAAUUAUUGUUUAUUGAAUUUAAAAAAAAAAAUCGAUUUUCGUCAUAGUCUUAUCGCACGCAUACCAUAACCGCGUCACACACAUCAUCUGACAUAUUAUUAUGCUAUUAUUCUAUAACGGGAUGAUAGCAUUUUAAAAAAAAAUCAGCAUUUUUUUAGAAAAUGUUAUGCGAUUUGACGUCAUUUUGAUAAUUUUCGAAUAAUUUCGCGUGGCCUCUAAAACCAUCAAAAUUCUAUUAUAUUUUAUUUUAUUUUUCCAAGUUUAUAGUCCGCAGUUGGUCAAAUUGUAUGCAUUUUAUUUGUAUGUAAGAUAACCUUUUUUGAAAUCCCCAGAAUGACUCGUGAAACCAAUUUUACUUUUUAUACGGAAAAAACCCGAAUAACUUUAAUAACUUCAUACCUUUUUUUUAUUUUUGGAAAACUUGUUUGAAAAAAGAAAUAGUUAUGUUUCUCGUGGUACGAAUAUAAUAUACGUCGUGUCGUUGUCUUCGAAGGUCUUUUUAAUUUAGAGACGAGCCGAGUAUUAUAUUAUAAUAAGUACGGCUUAAAACAAAAAUGCGAAGAACGCGUGAUCGUCUUGGUGGGUUUUCCGCGGUAUUAUUAUGCUAUUAUAAUAUUUGUACGCAUUUGGAAUGCGGUCAGAUGAAUUUUGAUCGCCAAAUCCAGUUUUAACGUCGUUAGCAGGGCGUGCGCGAGACAUUCCGUCUACCUAACCGAUUGCAACAAUGUUUCUUAUAGUCAAAAUCAUCAUUUAAUGAAUAGAGGAUCUCAAGAGUGGUGCUAUAAUGACUGUACGUCUAGAUCUGUUUCUAUCCAGUGAUCCAGUGUUGUGAAAUGUUGCGUACCGAUUGAUUCGUCCUGACUUGGGGAGACUCCCCAAAAUCGUCCGUUGUACCUUCAAAAUUAUUAAAAAUAAAUAAAUUAUUCUCGCCCCCCCUAAAAAAAUUUAUCUUUAUGGCUUAUUACGUUUUUAUGUGGGACAUUGCAGCAUAAUAGUAUUAUAUAAUGAUGAUUUUUUUCACAUCACUAAUCACUAAAAUAGCCCAUAACAUCUCCCUCUAAAAUUUUCUCUAAUCUCCACCUAUGCCCAAAUUAUUCCGAGAUGGAUUCGAAACCGCUAUUUAUUGUAUGAUUAACAAGUAUUAACAAAAGCCUUAAGGUGCUAUGGAUAACCUUUUUGUCCGUGGUCGCUUCGGCGCACACCAACGUCAGACUGGAGCCUUCUUCCAUCACGAACGUGUUCCGGUACUUGGGAAAUCGGCGAUGCCCGGUCGGCAACUGACAAUACGUGUAACACGUUUCGCCGAGCAAAAAAUCAGGAAUCGAUGACAGAGUAGCGGCCAGAGCGGGUGAAACGGUCCUGGGUAAACUUAUCGACCUAUACGUUAAUAAAAAAAGAAAAAUGAAUGAAAAUACAUGCCAUUUAUUAUCCGUGUUCAAUCAUUCUCAUUUAUUUAAUGAGCACGGAUGAACACGAACCAAAAACGGAUUAUUUAUUAUUAUAAUAAUAAUAAUAAUGCAUAAGUAUAAUAAUAUUAAUAUUAUUAUUUAUUGACUAUAAAAAAUAUUGCGCGUGUUUGGCAUUCGCUUAAAAAUAUGUUUUUACUAUACUUAUAAAACCAUGUUAGACUAUAGCGCGCGAUUAGGUGGUCACACGGUGAACACAAAAUGUGUGUUGUUAUAUUAUAUUAUAUUAUCCAUGAUAUUUAUGUAUUACAAACAUUAAUACGGUAAGACGGCUCCCCCACAGAAUAUCACAUAUAUUGAAAUAACCUACAUUAAAAAUAUCCCACGGACAAAUUGUCCCCAUUUAAAUCGUGGCAUAGGUAUAAAUUCCUAAAGAUGUUUGAAAAUGCAACACAAGUUUUUUUGAGGGUAUACAAAUACUGUAAGGUUCCGCGCUCUUUUCUAAAAUUCAAUUAAAAAAAUGCACAAUAUAGAGGUUUGGACGUUAAUGCAAACAUGAUUCAAUGAUAUCACACAUUUACUAUUAAGUAAUAUUCUAAAAUCACUUUUCGAAGAGUAAUUUUUUCUUUAUUGCGUGCAAACGUUUUCGAAAAAUAAAUUCACGUUCACGCAAUAAAUGCCCGUGAUACACAAAACGGCAUCACUUUUUAUAUUUUAUGAUAUUUUUGAGUCAAUGAAUUUUCUUUAUCCUUGAAUGUCACUAAAAUUAUUUUCAGUACGUAACCCCCCUGUUCCCUUGGAUCUAUAUACUUAUAUACUAAUACUAAAAAUGUUAUUAAUCAUUAAUCUCGAUUUAUGAAUGGCAAUAUUUUUAUCAGUGUCAUAUGAAAAUAUUGCCAUCUAUAUUAUGAUAGCUAUUGAGUGCUGAUGUAACGAAGUAACGAAGUUAGGUGCCUAUACACUUGAUUAAUACCUAUACAACUAGUAAUUAGAUACCCAAAGCCUAAAAUUAUAAUGUAACUCUAUACGUCACAGUGCAUAUAUAAUUACUGAAUAUGAUAUUAUACUUUACUCAACCCUGUAUUAUAAUAAACAAAUUAGUAAGGCUUGAUGUGCUCUCAAACGAUAUGUUGGUAUUGAGAUUAUACGCUUUAAUCGCGUCCUGAAUCAUUAGGCACGAUCGCUGAGACAACAGGGUGUUUAUUGUACAGUUCCUAGAAUAGACUUGUAUGGUUUUGUAUGAGACCUGUACGGUUACGAUGGGGUUGUUUUAAAAUCCUUCUCGGAAAGUAUCUAUAUCACGGUGACGUGGUUAGACAAAAUUGUAUGAUGACGGAACGCGGGUGUUUUUUUUUUUAUUUACAUUGUCAUAUACUAUAUUGAUGUAAAGGAAAGAGCCUUCAUGGUGACCACUACGAAAGUAAAAAAAAAACAUCCUUAUAUAGCAACCCCCCCCCGUUUGAACUAUCGUCGUCAAUAGCGUUCGUUAUCUUCGUCAAUAGCGUUCGUUAUCGUCGGCCCGUCAAAAGUUACAGACCUCUAACGAGUGCAAUAUUUGGUGCUUUUUAUUGUAAUGUCCGUUAAAAAUAUAAAUGACUGCAGAACCUGAAUAUGUCGGAAUCGUUAUAAAUUUAUAUUGCUAGGUAUUUAAAAUGUUCGAUUUUUUUUUUAGGGAGGGGUGGUUUUCUAUUGAUGUGGUUAACAUUUCUGAACUAUGUGUAUAAAAUCUGGAAAAUUUAAUAACAAGUUCAUUGUAGAUUGUUGUUAAUAUUAAAAAUAAAAAUAAUACUGUCAUACAUUCUUUUAAAUGAACGUUCAAAGUUCAAAUUUUGAUGAAACUCGUACAAACCACGAAAAUUUGUAAAUUAUUUUGCAAUUAACAAUAACUAAGAAAUAUUUGUAUUUAUUAUUUAGUAAAUAUAAAGUUAAACCCAACUCCAAUAAAAUCGUAUUUUGUUUGCAGUGAUUUAUUGUUGCAUUCAGAAUUUAAACCGAUUCUUCUUAUUCUGUAUUACUAUAAAACCAUAACAAUACCCUGAUGGGUUAGGCUACGAUGCACUAUCAGCUUUUUUUAUACAUUUCUUUUUGAUUCUGAGCGAAGCAAGGAAUGUAUUGGUUUUACAAUGAUAAUUUUUUUUGCCGUAAACAACUUUUCUAUCAGUAAUUUUGCUCAAUUUUCAAGUAAAGUACCUUUUUUGAAUACAAAUUUUAUCUGGGCGGUACAUUAAGAGGUAAGUUUUUAAUUUUCCAAGCGAUUUUUAUAAUAAUUGGGGAAAAACGCGAAUAUUUACGAAAUGUAUUAUUUUCAAUUUUGUUUUUUGUUGUGACAUAGUUAAAAUAUUUGUAGAAACUUGAAAUGUAUACAGAAAACUUAUACUUGCUGUUUCUAGACGUCGUAAAAUUUUCAAUAUAGUUUACCCAUUUAUUUGAGCUAUUUAUAGUCAUUUAAAAUUUAAAAGUUUUUUACGUAAUUUUUAUUCAGUAAAUACUCUGUGGAUAAAAUUGUUAGACCAAACAGAAAUGCUUGAAAAUUGAACAGGAAGUUCACUCUUAAGUCAUAAGUCAUUCUUUGUGACAAAAAAAAAUUAAGAAUAUUUAUUUUUAUAAGAAUUUUUAUAUCAAAUGUUGACAAAAAUCGUAAAUAUACGGUUUUUUAAAACAUAUAUAACUGAACUCAGCUCAGAAUCGUUUUUUGUCAUCAAGGAUUAAUCGUGGCGUACAGCAGAUAUUCAUUGAAUUCCCCUUUACAUUCUACAUUCCCAACUUCUCACCUACAACAGUGGCCCACCGUGCGAAGUAUGUCCAGUUUUUUUUUUAUUUUUACCCAAAAAGUCACAUGGAUUUUCUACCUGCAAGCCGUUCGGUUUCCGUCGUCGAAUUGGGCUCGACAGGCUGCCCUCCGGUAUCGUUUUCCUUCGCAUCCGUCGCACAGCCCCCAAGCGUCCCAGUCGACUUCGACAACGAGUCGGGACCCGGGAAAUGCUUUCACUACCGGCUUCAAGUACGACGUCUCGUAUUUCAGCCAACCGGCCGUCGAAUCGGCCGUCACGUGUGUGCGACCGGUCGAGGGCGUCAGGUCCAGAGCGAAUUCAACGUGUUCGUCGUCGCCAAGACCGGAACACGAGUACCGGCCAACGUCCGCGGUGCUCAAGUUCCGGACAACCAGCGAAUGAUCAGAAGUCAUGUACACUCGAUUCGAUUCCACCGGGUCGGCCAUUCCCAGGGUGAUUUCUUUCCGAUCUCCACCCGUGUAUCUGCAUCGUACGAGACUUUUACCGCCCGAUCGACGCCCACGUCAAUAUAUACGCUUGUUCUGUCGAUAAAAAAAGGCUCGUAAACGCGUGAAUCGUCCGACAAAAUCAGAUAUCAGGCCACUUGAACCUUUGUAUAGCCCAGUACAAUGCUUUUUCAGAGCCUUUUUUUCAUCGACAGAGACUAUCGAUGAUGAUAACACUUACCUGUGCGAUGUGUACCAGAAUCUGGCCUCGCCCUUGUCCUUCUCGCCGCAAUAGUUGCACAGCAACGACACGGCCGAGCCCAGAGGGACGUCGACGGUCCGCACCCGCAGUCGAUCGAUGCCGGUCUUCGACCAAGGUCUGUCCACGCACAUUUCCGGCUGCAGUUGGCAUUCGCCGCCGUCUGCCAGGAGGAGGACGACGACGACGUUCGAAAAGACCCGUGGUACGAUUUCGAUCAUAAUAAUAUUACUGUGGCCGUCGUCGUAUACGAUGACUGCAAUAUCAUCGUUCAAGGGCAUAAAUUAUAUUUAUUUCAUUUUCAGAUUCUGAGCAAAACCAGGAAUGUAUUGGUUUUUUUUUUUAAUUUGAUUAGUGUGCUGUGUACAACAUAUCUUCUAGAAAACUUGCUCUAAUCAAAAAAUAACACGAGACCUUUUUUUGUAGAAUUGUGUAUCUAGUUAGUGACAAAGAAAAACAUUUAUCGAUUUGCUGAGCAGUUUUCAUAAUAAUAGGGAAAAAUCAAAGAAGGCAAAACACACAAAUGGGCAAAUUUACGACGGCGUUAAAAUUUUCAAUUAUAUGUAUUUAUUUUACUAUAAUGUAACAUAAAUAUUGUUGAAAAAGCAAUACUAUCAACCGAACUCCGCUUAGAAUCGUUUUUCGUUAUUAAUGAUUAAGUGUAUAUAUAAAGAUAUUUAUUUAUUUAUUCUCUGUAUCCUACCUUUUGAAAUUCUAACCUACAACAGUGGUUCACCCGGUAGUGCAAAGUUUGUCUGUUUUUUAUUUUUAGAUUCUGAGUGCAUCCAAAAAUUUACGUUGUUUUAUUAUGUGUGUUCUUUUUUCUGUCUUUUAACAACUUUGCUAUCAGAAAUACUGUUCCGAAAAUGGAAGUAUUAUAUUUAGUUGGUCUACUAAUUUUGAUUUUCCUUAUAGUUUUAUAAUCAAAAAAUAUAGUAUACAACGGGACAGUAUACAACGCAAUAAUGAUUUCAUUAUUUUAUGUAUGGUUAUUUAGUUGUAAUUCAGGUAAAAAUAAUCGUAUAAACCUAUCAUUUUAAAAACAUACUGAAGAUUUUUGAGCUAUUUAGUAUUUGCCAUUUUAAUCGUAAAAACAUCGUUUAAACGAUGUUUAAACCGAAGGGUUUAAGUUUAAACCGAACUCAGCUCAGAAUCGUAUUUCGUUAGCUAUGAUUUACCAUUGCGUAUAACCAUACAUUAAAUAACUCUAUGUAUCCUACCUUAUUUCGUUUUUCUCGGUUAAAGUAAGGUAUAAACGGCACAGGUUACAAAUUAUGCAAAUAUUCGGAUAUCGUGUGACGACGAAAGCGCGUGAGAUCCACUGGCCGCACCGCAGUGUGUGAAUAUACAAACGCGGUUUUCUUGGCAACGGUCGUCGGGAUCCCGGACUACGUGAUACGAAUACGCCAAAGUGCCGUCGCGUACAUAAUAUUAUAAUAUAAUAAUAAAAUAAUAACGACAAUAAUAUUGCUCGUCUCACACGAUAUACAACUUCACAAAACAAUAGACCCGACCAACGACGGUCAACGGCCUUCGAUCUACAUAAUAAUACCGUAUACGAGUCGAGUAUGACGAUGAUAGUCUCUGUGUUUCGGGGGUACAACAAAAACACUACACAACGCCGACGGAAGUCUGAUUUUAUAAUCAUUUCUAAUAUCAUUUGUACGUUAUAAAACUGAAUUCGCGAUUGUGGAAAAACGACUCGAGAUAGAUCCUAACUGUUUUCGCAUGUAGAUUUGGGAUCCACUUGGGUAUUAUAUUGCAUCACAAAGGUUGUUCGUGUUAGACGACCCGAAUUGUUGGCACUAGAAGGUUGUAGGGGUUUUGAUUGUUAUAUUAAAAACUAUUUUAUUAUAAUCUGAUAAUGUGUGUUGCUAAGUAAAUAUAAUUUUUGUUAUAGUUUCACAGAAAUGUACCUAUGUUGCUAAGUAAAUUUAAAUUCAUUAUGAUCUCACUUAAAGUGGUACAGGACUGCAUUGUUUGAAAAGGAACCAAAUCCCAGUUCUUCUAUCAUAUGCAAUGAUUUUCAAUAAAUCCUAAGGACAGACAUUUGAUUCAGUAGGACAUAUCUUCCGCAACCUCUUUUUAGUCAUGGCCAGUUACAUGUUAGACUAUGCUUUAUUAGACGUCCUGAAAAUAUCAAACUUCAAAUAAAUAACACUGAUAUUCAGGAAAAGCUCCCUAAAAUUAAAGUUAUGAGGAAAAAAGUUUUCUAAAAAAAUUUAAAUGGUGGAUUAUAAAAAGGUUUUAUAGAAAUAAAACUUCCAUCUAAUGGCUUAAAAUCUGAACCUACAACUUAGCUGUGAAGUCAAAUACUGCAGAAGAACCACCGAAAUGCAGACCAUCUGUGAUUGUAAAUCCGGAUUAUGAAGAUGUAAAAUUUCUUAGAAAUGGUUCUUUAAAAAUAAUUGUUAAGCGCCUUUAAAUAUAUCACUCAUUCAAGAUACUGAAAAAUAUGAAGUCAGCUCUGAUCCGCAAUGUAUAAAAAAUAUAAAGGAAGAUAUCAAGAAUACGGACCCUUAAACAGAAAAUCUAAAACGAAUAAGACUUUAGAAAAAUUAAAAUACCGUCGUACCAAAAAUGAAAAUAAUUGAAGUUUUCAUAUUUUUCAUCUUUGGUACUUCAGUUCGUCGCUACUUUCACUUCCCUAUUUCAGUGUUAUUUUUAUUUUGAAUAGAAGUGCAGUGCCAUAUUAUAAACUUAGCCGAUGUUGGAUUUUUGUCAUUCGUUAAUACGCAUAGGUUUUCCUUGAGAAUUACCUUCUGAGGUUAACCUGAGUAGGUAUCUGUAUCAGUAUUCUCAUUAAAGUCAUAUAAAAUCGUAGAUUUAUACUUAAGUAAGUACGUAAGUACCUACUUCUCAGGCAGUCAUCGUAUUAUGCUAGUUAAAUUACCAAAAAGAUAGCCACUAAGUUUUUACGGAUUUUCUAAUUAUUAAUAUUUUGGAAUAAGAAAGACUGAUGGAUGUACCACUAUUGCUUGGCGUGGGAGCAAGACGGGACAUUUGCGAUUUCUGAAAAUAAUAUUACUUAUUACAUGUGCAUUAUACAUGUUGAAAUAACGUUAAACCUUUAUUUAGCAUACAUUUUAGAAAUUGUUUUAAUUUCGCCCCUCCUAAAAUGUCACCUAUGGGUUCUCUUGCGCUAUUAUAUAGAUGCGAAUUGGAAAAUAACUUUUAACUUACCUAAGUAAUUAUUUUCCUGAAAAUAUGUAAUUCAAUUUAUACUCAAAUUCAUUUGUAUUUUUAAAUUAACUUCAACAUAGAUUAGUUUUUUUUUUUAUUGCUGUUUAAAAAUUGUGUUUACUUGCCCAGCUUUAGUUAUAUGAGAAUAAAAUCUGUAGAUGAUUCAUUCUUCAUAGAGAUAACCGUUUUAUUUAAUUUUUUUGUUUUACAUUUCCGAGUAUAUAUACUUCAGAAGUUAGGAAAUAUUUAUUAUAUUUUCAAAUAUGUUGUAAACUAUGCGGAAAAAAAAUACUAACUUUGAAUUUAAAAUUUUAGUUUUAAGGUAUAGGUAUCUGUUAAAAAAUCACUCACUGCUAAUAUUAUUAAAUAUUGUCAGUAAUUUGUAAUUUCUUGUGCAUUUUUUUUCAAACGAGACAUUUGCAUAUUUAAGAUUAUUCUGAUAUUCAUUGAUCAAUUUUGCAUAUUUUUUAAUUUUUAAGAGAAUUAAGAAAAAUAUUUAUCGUACUUAUAAAAUUUGUGUAUAUUUUUUUCACACGAAUUUUAUCUACUACAAACUCCAAUUAUAUUCAUAUUGACAAAGAUAAGAAAUAAUAUUUCGUUUAAAAUAUAGGUGUAAUUAACAAUAAGCGUUGAAAACGAUUCGUUUUUUAUGUAUUUAGACCAAUAAGCUGGAGUAAAAUAAAUAAAAAUCCAGUAGUCUAAUUCUACUUUUGACUACUUCUUUUCUGUGUUUUGUAGAAAAAAAUCUUUUUUUUUUAUGACAAUUUUAAGUGCGUGUUUAUUUAAAAAAAAACUCAUCAGUCUCUAUAUGUUUUAACUGUUUUGACCCAAAUGGAAAAACUGAAAAAUAUUUCCCACAAAACUAUUGCCGAGAAAUCAAAGAAUUCAGACAUGUUUUCGAAAUGGACAAAUGGCUGUGUAUACUUUAGUUUAUUGGUCUAAAACUUCGUAAAAAAGGCCUUAAAAAUGAUCUUUGCAAACCGCACUAUACAUUUUCCAUUAAUUAUAGAUAAAUAUACGUAAUUGCGUUUUCAUUAUUUUAGUUGUUAUAGAAUACAUUUCCAUUUAUUAGUUAUCAGUAAUCUCUUAUAUUAUAUACAUAUAUACGAGGUCUGGCUAUUAAAUAACGAGACUGCUUAUGAAAAAUGGUUUUAUUUUAAAAAUUAUUCCACUAACUUUAAUGCAACAAAAAAAAAUGGUUCAAUACAGUUUUAAAGCAAAGGUAACCUUGUGUGGUAUUUUAGAAAGUAUAUUGAUUAUUUCUUCUAUAUUUAUUGGGAUACAUCGGAGCUUUAUUAUAACUAUUCCUCCAAUAGGUUUUUAUUUUUCUUAAAGUUAAAAAUGAACAUACUGCUUAAAAAGUAUACUGUCUCAUUUUGACACUAGGAGUAUUGCAAGUAUGGAUUCUACACGGUAAACUUCAAAUGGAUAAUGGUCCGUCGCAAUAACGCCUAUAGUAUCGAUUGCAGCUUUUGAGAGUUCUUCAUUGGGUACCGAUUUAUAUUUUUUGAUCAACACCUUCAAUUCGAAUUUAAAAGCAUCAUAUUAUGUCGGUAAAAAGCUUUGGUACGAAUUAAUACAUUUUUCAAAGUCAUCGCUACUUGGAUUUAAUUUAAUUAUAGAACUUGUCAGCAAAUUUCGCAAACCAGAAACAAUAUAACGUGUUUUAUAAAUCUUUCAAUUAAUUGACUUUUAAAGGUAGUCUAAAAAUGGCGAAAAAAUUGAUCUCCUACAAUACUGUUUUGGUGAAUCUGCUAAAAUAUGAUUAUGAUGGAUAAAUGGCCUAAUUAAUGGCGUUUUAAAUUUCUAUAUAUUAAACUUUAUUCGUUUUAUACAUCUAAUAUAAGAUAACGUAUAAUGAGGGAUGUAUUUUUUAUAAGAGCUUUAACACGUUGACUGCUACGCUUAUUUCAGUGUAUUAUCCACUGAGCCCACAAUAUUUUUUAUUGAAAAAAAAAAAAAAAAUUUCAUAAACUCAGAGGCAAUAAAUUUACUCGAAGUAACUCGCAUGAACAUUUUAUUGACGAGCCGUUCGACUUUUAAAUGUGUGUAGAGGAGAGUAGUGGAGCAUCAUUUAUGUACUAGCGUGGAGCACAGGGUUCGUCUUCAAUCGACUAUCAGCCGUCAACUUUUUAAACCGCUCUAAACCCUUGAAGAUACACAGUUUUUAUACGACUGCUGAAGUUGUUAGAGCUGUAGUUCCGUCGUACUGUAAACAAGUCUGAUGUGAAAUUGGAGAGCACACCGUAGCACAAUGCACUUGAAAAUAUCGGUUUACGAAAACAAUAGCUACCUACUAACACACGUGACUCUAGUGAAUUUAAACUCGUAUUGAAGACCUAUUAGGUGUUGACCGUUAACCUACCAGCCACUUCUUAAAAAGGAAAACCUUCAGUGUUGCUAAAUUGCACGUUACGCUAUCAGUCUCAUUAUUUUAUUUACACACCUCAUUGUAUAGACUUUCAAUAUUGUCACUGUACUCAUCUUAACAAAAUAUAAUAAAACGGAAAAUUACAUUUAGAAUUUCAAAUUACAAAUUCUUAAAAAAAUUCAAAGAUAAAAGUAAAAAAAAAAUUAAAAAUAAAUUAAAAACAGUUACCAAUUGCCAUUGGUAACUUAUUAUUGGCAACCUUUCUAUUAACCUUGUUUAACCUAAAGAACCAGUUACUCCUAAUUGUCUCGCAUAUUAAUAAGAGUUUCAAAAUAUGACGUUUAUAAAGUACCGAUUAGAGUCAAAAUCUGUCAUGUUUUGUUGGAAGAGUGACAUUUCUAGAAGGAAUUUUAUACACAGUGUAAAAAAUAAAAUUAAAAAAAAAAACAUUAUUGUAAAACAAAUACAUAGUUUCUCGUUUCCAUGAGAACUUAAGAUAAUUCGAUGACUUUUAUUUGUCCAUUAUUAACCUUAUUAAAUUAAACCCCGUCACGGAUUUGGAUCAGAUCAAAUGUAAUUGGUUUACCAUUAUUACUACGAACAAACGGCGUUGCUCGUUACCCCUAUCGCCAUAACUGUUUAAAAUAAUUUAACAAUAUCUUAACUAUGUGUUAGUAACUAUGACGAAGCGUCGACAACAAUCAACAAUCGUAACUUUGUAUUGGUUAUUACCAGUAGACUAUACGGACGGACAUAAGAAGGAUAUAAGGUGUUUGUAAUUACGUUUAGAAACUUAAAAAUCUAUAGUUAAAACAGUGUACAACCGUGGGCGCAACAGGGGGACGCUAAAGUGUUUAGUAUCCACAAGUUUAAAAUUAGCAUCCCCGAAUAUACCCAAUAAGUAUUUUAUUAGAAUCGACUAAAUAUUUAAUCCGUGAAUAAUUAAUAAACAAAACAAAAUACCAAAAAAUUUGGUGUGUGUACAAAAUAAAUUUAACCAAAUUGUAAUACGUUUAAAUAUUACAUUUUUUUUAUCUACGGGUUCAACAAUAAUUUAUAAGUACAAAAUUUGUAUAUAUAUUUAAAUUUAAAUGUAAGAAAAAAAAUUAACAUUGUUUGAUGAAAAAACGACACAGCUAUAGUAUUAAUCUGUUGUCGUGCAUCGCGAACAUUCAAAACUUGCACCGAUGAAACCUGUAAAUCAUAAUAAAUAGGAUACCAAAAUAAUGUUCAUCACGUAAAAUCGGAUUUUAAUACUAAAUCUUGUACAAAAUAAUAUGGAGUACGAAAUACCUACAAUAGUCCAACAACAAAAUAUUAUUUUCUUAUGAAAAACAACGAUGUACCGAGUACUCCGUCAUAAAAGAUCAUUGUUUCUUGAGUGCGAUAUUUAUUCGUGGUGAAUAAUGUUCUGAUGUAUCCUAAUGUAAAAAGGAAAACAAAAUUGAAUUUAAUUAUAACGGUAAUAAUGAUUACAAUAAUAAUAAUUGUACUAUUAUGUAGUAAACAGUGGCCUGCGCAGAUGGGGUGUGAUUGGGGGCCGUACUCUCUUCCCACAAGGUGUCUUUCGAAUACAACAUCUAUACGUAAUAUAGUUAUUUGUUUAGUAUACCUAAUAACUGCAUAACUAUUAUCUAUUCGGCUAAGUUAAAAGGGAAAAACUCGACAUAUCGGUUAUCGGAAUACGGUUAUUUGUAGAUCCGGCCUUGAAAUUGACAUCAUAGAAUCGAACAGGGAAGAAGCAUUCUGUAAGAUUUGUUUACGACUAAUAUUCGCUAUUACAUCAUCCUCUACCGUAGGAAAUUCCUGGACACGCCACUGGUUGUAUACAAGUUUAUUACCACAUAACUACGUCACGAUAUUGUUUGGUGUGCUGAUCGUGUCUGAUGAUACUAAUUCUGAAUACCCUCGUUUAGGUGCCCGCGAAACAAUUUCGAAAAAACACGAUAGUUUUGUUUUUAUAGCCGCAGCCGUUACUAUGACGCCACCUUCCAAUUUUUGACGUUUUAUUCUAUUUUCAACCUGGUUUGUGAACUCAUUCGGUAAUUCCCGUUUCAACGGACGCCGUCCCGUCAAUGACAAUGCUCUGUUCAUUAAAUCGAUGAUGGCCUCUUCGUAGUCAAACUUUUUAACCGUAUCGUUCGAUAAUUCAACAUCAACAUUUCCUAAUAAACACAACGGAGUGUUUAAUUUUUGUAAAAUAACCGAUUGGAAAUUAACGGGUUACACAAAUUGUUUACUAAUCACCAAACUGAAUGUUAAUCUACAAGAAAGUUCUUGUACACAUGUAUUUAUCAGUGUGAGAUUUAUGUAACCAAAAUUGAUUAUAGACGCAUGAAAAAAAAGUCGUAUUUAGUAAUACACAUAAAUCAUUUAAAUUCUAAAUUUUUAACAAAGAAUAAAUGUAUUGUUUUUAGUAGUAAUUUUUCUUAUCUAAUUGUUGAAUUAAUUCGUGAUUAUACGAUAGAACGAUGUACUAUUCUGUGGAAGUUUCAUUUAUAAAAUCAUCUAUGCAUUUGUUACUAAACUCACCGUUUACAUUUAGUGAUCCGUGUUCUACCAUUGCAACAACAAAUUCCAUGUAGUUCGACAUGAUGUUUAACGUUAUAUUUCUACAAAAAUGAUCAUAAUAUGUUUUAUUAUAACAGACAGCAAAACUACAGUUUUAUCAUUAUUAUAUAUAUAUCUUUUUAAUUGAAUAUGUUUAUGGGUGUGACACUGGUGUAAGUGAAAAUUCGAGAAGGUAAUAUACAUAAAGUUAUUUAGGUUAUAUCUGUACGAUUGUGAGCGAGGUUCGGUUUAACAUAUUUUUUAAUACCGUAAUGUUAACGAUUUUCGUCAAAGAUUGAACUCGGAUACCUCAAAGAUCGCUUGAAUUGUUAACAGUCAUUAUUUUCAAUCAAACUUAUCAAAAGGUCAGAACAUUAUCAAAUUCUGUUUUUGUGUAGGUAUGUAUUGGUUUUUUCUCGAUAUUUUAAUUUUUCUCGACUAAUCGUAGGUACCUACCUGUGAAUUUUUACUAAUUGCGAUAUUUAUUAUAUGUCCUAGUAAUACAUCGCUUAUCAAAUUAAAAUACCGAGAGUAAAACAAUCAAUUUAUAAUAACACGGAUUAUGUUUCGUAACUUCGAGUUUGCUGGUGAUUUUGUCAAUUCGAUGUCUAACGUUAAAACCAACAGUGUAAAUCGUCUCGUUGAACUCAAAUGCUGUAUAUUGUACAUUUGACGGAGGCGAGUAAAACACCACAAAAUGCGGGAAAACAUAAUAUUAUCGCGUUCUCUUAAAAGUUAAAUAUUGAUAAAAAAGAAAUAAAUACUUACGACGGUGGACAAUCCGGAACUAAUAAUACUGUCAAUUGACACACAGAAAAAAAAAAAUUAUAUGAAAAUGUUUUAUAAAUAUUAGAAACGUGAGAAAAACCUCUGAAUUAUAAAUAGUAAGCAACGAAAAAUGUAUAAUAUUAAUUAAUGAUCAACGCAUCAAAAAGUACGCGAAAACAAAUUGUAUGUAUAGAAAAAUCUAUAUGUGCCAAGAAAUCGUAAAUGCGUACAAUGAAGAAUAUCAAGAUUUGCAAAUCGCUGUAUAUAAAUUUUCCGCGUUACGUACCCGUGACGACCGAAUAAAUAUUAUUGUUAUAAAUAUCGAAUGUUUGAUCGGCGUGCCGUAAUACAAUAUUCGAUUUUUAUGUACGCAUAAUAAUAUGACUUACAGUUUUACCGUUAUAUUGGACUUUUUCGAAAUCCAAAAGAGAAAUUGUUAACUUUUUUCCGUUAAAUGAUACAGAAUAAACGGUAUAAAAUAAUUUUGGGUUUAUUAUUUUUUUUUUUCAAUCGACCGAGAUAAAAUACCAGAUAAGGUCAAAUUGCAUUCCGAUUAAACACAAGUAAUCGCCGAACUGCUCUAGGGUCAACAAGAGGAUUUCGACAAAAUACUCUAAUUCGAAAGUUUUUUAAACACUCAUUUCUCUUCCUACUAAAAAUAUUUGCAAUUUUGAUUACAUUUUAGUCGAAAAUGUUAUUNGCCGAUUUUUGUUUCACCUCUUCCAUCGACUCAAACCGGAUUCCUUUUAAGGCAGACUUUAUCUUCGGAAACAAGUAAAAGUCGCAGGGUGCCAAGUCGGGUGAGUAAGACGCGUGUUCGAGUACUGGAGUGCCUUAAGCGGCCAAAUAACGUUUCACGCUUUAUCCUGGUGCAAGAUCCACAACUUGUUUUUCCACAAUAUCGACCUUUUCUUAUGAACUCAUUCGCGCAAUGUUGCUAAAACUGUCAAAUAGUAAUGUUGGUUCACAGUUUGACCCUCUGGGACCCAUUCAGUCAUCACGAUGCCGUUGAUAUCGAAGAAAACGAUCAGCAUGGUUUUGAAUUUGGUUUACGACUGAAUUGGAUUCCGGUGCACUCUCGACCUUCAGAAAAUAAUUUAUGCCACUCAAAAACACGUGCCCGGGAUAGAUAAUCCUCACUAUAGGCUUCUUUUAACAACUUAUACCACUCAGUUGGAGUUUUUUUUAGUUUAACGAGAAAAUUUUACGUUUAUCCGUUGCUCAUGUUUUUCGUCACACAUCGUUUUCGGCAAUAGAAAAAAACAUGUUCGUUUCUAAACGCUACAGAAAAAAUACUAAUGCACCAACAAAAACCCAAUUUUGUACUGGCAUAAUAGACACUUCCAGCUAACCAGUGCUGUAUUCGGUUUUCUCCUAACCUUUUUGGGACGCUCUCUGCGCGCGCAGUCUUGUUAUUUAAUAGCCAAACCUCGUAUAUAUAUGGUAACAAUACUUAUUUGCCACCCUGUAUAGGUUAUCUAUUACUAUAAGGCGUGCAAAUAAUACUCUCUUUAAAUUAUAACACGGACAAGAAAAACUUUUAAUAUGCAAAAAUGUUUCGUAUCAUAUUUUUGGAAUGUUGUGUAAACGUCACAGUUAUAAAAAAAACACGCAAGUUUACCAACGCAAAAUAUUAAAUUCCGUACACGUUUAUAAUAUUGUUUUGGCAUUAUUAUUUGUAUUUUUCUUAACGUCAAAAACAAAAACGUGGUUAUUACCAUUCGAGUUACUUUAUGGUAUAUACUAUUAUAUAUUAUAUUGUUUAAAAUAACUAUAUAAAGAUAUCAUAUAUUCAUAUGGAUAUAUGCUAAACAUUCUUCUGAAAAAUUCUUUAUGGUGACUGGAACAAUUUUUACUUUUUUGUAAAAGUAAUAUAUUGGUGCCUACGUAAAACACGAAAAAGAAGAAUUCGACCGCGAUAACUAUCAGAGAUAUCCCUUGCAUUCUUGCUGUACUCGUGCAUACAUUUAUCGAAACCUGCAGUAUCGACCGCGUAUUUGAAAUUUUCGAGGUUUUUUAAAAAUGUUUGUUUGGUUUUAUUUGGCUUCUCAAAAGUAAUUGGAAAUUUAAUAAAAGGUUUUUCAUUUGUUAUUAUUGUUCUUACAAAACUAUAUAGGUAUCAAAAAUCGGUAAUUGUAGUUUUUUUUUUUAAUAAGCAUUUAAAAUUCAAAUUUUGAUGAAAAUCUUAAAAAUCAAGGUUAUCUAAUAUACUUUCCGAUUUAUGUGGAUGCUUUUUGGACGCUAUAAAAGUACUGUAAAAUUUGAGAAGAAAAAAACCCGGACAAUUGUUAUUUUUUUUUUAACCAUUAUGAAGACAUAAUAUUAAUCCAUAUUAUUAUACUAUUGUAUUAUUAUAUUUUUAGAACGAUACAAUGCGCAUGUUUUGGACGAUGAGUGACCGAGAUCCAAUCGACAGACAUUUCACGGAAUCGUUAAAAUUGGGCAGCUCUUGGAAGGGUACUCAGAGCUUUUACCCGAGAGGACCAAAGUUCAGGCCGAACACGGAUUACUACAAGAGAUGGGAUGUCACCAUGGAUAACGUAAUAUAGAAUAACGAAUAAUCAAUACGAAAAUGCGGAAAUUAGGACAAUUUAAUAUAUUGUUUUUUUUUUAUAUAUAUAUAGUUGCAUCUCAAAGAUAACGUCGACACAUUGUAUUGGUGUAAAAUUUUCAAAGCACCCAAGGUUAUCAAAAAAAACCAUAUUGUCGGGGUGAGUACUGGGUAUUGUGAGUAAUAAAAAUGCCAAGAAGAAUUUCAUCCAUAUUACCCAUAGACUUAUUAGUAGCUAAAAAAAACAAGUUGUUUAUACCAAUGUUAAAAUAUAUUACUAAAUAUUUCGUGAUCCAACGAUUCUGUACUCACACAUUCAUACAAAUAAUGGCAAAUACAAUAAAUACAAGAUCAUGUAAAAAUUGUCUAAUUUUUACCACGGCUAUUUCCUCUGAAUACUUUAGUAUAAUGUCAUUUUUUCUUUGGCUAUUAUUACUUAGACCCCUAUUAACCUGUCUUUAUAAGCGAUUCACGGUCGUGUUUAAUAUCGACAGUUAUUACAAUUUGUAUACCAUCGAAUUCCAUUUUCUCGCGUUUGCAGUUCUUGCCACUGCUGAACACGGACACGCGACAUCUGAUCCAUCACAUGAUCCUAUACGAGUGCGACGGCGGCCCGAACACGAUGGAGAAGUAUGUGACGCUGAAAGGUGCACAGUGUUAUGGUAACGGUAUGCCCGAGGACUGGGACAAGUGCGUGUCACCGGUGGUCACGUGGGGGAUGGGCUCGGACGGGCAAUUUUUACCCGACCACAUAGGCGUACCGAUCACAGGACGAGAUGUGUAUUACAUGUUGGAAGUGCACUACGACAAUCCAACCCUCAGAAAAGGUAGGCAAGGAUUUUAGUACAGACUUUACGCAGAUUUACGGUGGAAAAAAGAAUUAUUCACUGUUGUACCCAGGCCCAUCGCUGGUUAUGCGUUGAUUUAGGGUGGCAUAACAUGUUUAGAAAAUUUUUAACAACUAAACAAAAUGAUUCACAAUAUUUUUCUUGGCUUUUACGAAUUUCGUCAAAAUUAUUAAUCAAUAAUAAACAAAAAUCAAAAGAAUAAAUUGAAACAAUAUGAAUGAAUAAAAAACCCGACUUCGGGAAAAGCAAUUGUUAUAAAAAUAAUUUUUUUUUUUUUUUAAUUUUAAUUAUAAUACAUACAAUCUGUAAAUACACUUUUUACAAUAAGCAUGUUUGAGGAAUUUGAAAAAAAAAAAAUAAUAAAAAUAAUAUGAAACAAAAAAAUAGAAUUUUUUAAAAAAUAUAAAAACAGCCGUGAACUCAUAUAGUGAUAUCUGUUUGAGACAAGAGACCAUGCAACGAACUAAUUAAGAUAUCUAAGAUUUUUUCCUCGCUGAAUUAAAAAAAAAAAAAAAUCGAUUUUGACAAAAACCGGUGUCGUGUAAAUAUUUCCAUUUUCCGAUGUUUUUCUCCAUUGUCUUGGAAUUUCAAAAAAUUCAAUAUAAUCUUCCGUUCGAAAACUUAUCCAAAGACAGAUAAAAAUUUCCAUUUUUUUUUUUUCUUUUUUUUUUUUUUUUUUUUUUUUUUGUCAACACAGUGAUGGACAACUCGGGCCUAAGAGUGUACUAUACGGAAAAUUUGAGAGCAAACGACGCAGGAGUGAUGGCCGUGGGCACGGCCGUUUCACCUAUACACAUUGUACCGCCCAAGCAAUCGGCUUACAGGACAGCCAGCCUAUGCGACAAGGACUGCACGAACGUCAUAUUUCCAGAACAGGGCAUAAAGAUCACAUCGGUCCUGUUGCACGCUCAUCUGGCGUCCAGGCAGCUUAGGCUCCGGCACGUCCGGCACGACCAAGAAAUGUCUACUAUCGUAAAGGUACGGUCCAAUCUACCUGAUUUAUUUCCUGUAAACUGAACCCUGAUUUUAAAAAAGAUUGCCGAGUAACCCCGUAAAUUAAUAUUAACCUGUCCUAACUAGUGAGACGAUUAGAGUCAAAUAACCGGAUUUUCCAGACGCAUUAGAAAAAGUCGAAUGGGUAAUAUUUCCUUCGAUCCUAUAGGAUUAUUUAACUUAUCGUUAUUUCUCUACAUCCUGUCUCUUAUAGUUCGUUUAAGGUUUCCUAUAAUAUGUUUUCAUCAGUUCUUCCGUCAAUUAUAAUAUUGUCUUUACCCUAGUAUUAUUCCUUCAUAAAAUAUGCCAAAUCUACUUCUCAUUCUUCCUUUCUCUAUAUAUUUGAUCAAUAUUAACUUGUGCGUGUUUUUCCUAUGAAAGAAUUCUUCAUAUCUCUAUUCUUUCUGUUCAUGAAAAUUACAGAAAAAAUUACUUAUGAAUGAAGAAAUUCUCAUUGUCUCAUUUUUUUUUUUUUUUUUAAUAUAGGAUAACCAUUACGACUAUAACUAUCAGCAAGCGAGGGAGUUAACCAACGAAGUGACUGUAUAUCCUGGAGAUGAACUGAUCACGGAAUGCGUUUACAAUACUGCGGAUCGUCCACAGCUGACACACGUAAUUUCUACUUACUAUGCAUUAUAAUAUUAUUUUAUGAUCAACUCAAGUCAUAUUGUAUAUUGUACCUAAUAAUUUAUUUAUUAUUUAUUAUGCUACCCUAAAUCGGUUAAAACUAAAAUUAAAAAGUCGUGAGACCGUGAGUAAAAAUCAUAUAGGUGUUCAUAAAAUAAUUAUAUGGGUUUAUACGAUUACCAUAGUCUUUGUAAAAAAAAAUAAAACUACCUAGUUGUUACUGAUAUAAUAAUGCAUUCUUACGAGUACAUCUCGGGUUUCGGGUUUUUACCGCAACUUAUAAAAAUAUUGAACACUUUAAACAGUAUUCCUUCGUGUACAUUUUUUCUUUCUAUUUCUAUUGUAAAUUUAUUUUAAAGUUUACUUUGAAAAUUGUAUAUAGAAAACCUAUUUAAACGGGACCUAUAAUUAAUUUACAAAUGAAAAAUAGUGCUCUAAAAAGGCCGUUAAUUAAAAUCUACAAUGCCGACCGAAAAUUAAAUUAAACCAGGAUAAAAUGUGAAACCCAAUUCAACCUAGUAUCGUACAGUUGUUGCGAUUCUUAACAUUUUGAAUCUGUUUUCAGAGUAAUUAAUAUGUAAUCGUAUCUAUAUAGCCUUAAAAAUAAAUGUCGCUGUAUUUAUUACCUAUAUAACGGCUAUUACUUUCUCGCAAUAUCGUCAUUUUAAUAGUACUUUUUUUUAUACAACAAUGGGUAUUAAUUUAUAAUGUACAGAUUACAGGGUGAACGAAUGGUGAUUAAUUUAUUAACAAUUAUCUACUAAGAUUUUGUAUAAAUUUGAUUUUGUUUUUUUUUUUUUUAGAUAUUUUUGGAUAUUUUCAAAAUGUUAUUCCGUUUACUAUAUUAUACAGUAUACAUAUAACAACUUUUGUUUUUCAGAUACCAACCAAUAUUUUCAAACUCCAAUUCGAAACUAGGCUACUUUUUUAAACACUUCGAUAUCUAUCGUACUAUUAUAUACUUAAUUGUAAACUGUUAAAAGCUAUACAACUCAUAAACGUUUUGUUUAGUUGAUUAGUAUCGUUAAAAUAUUCAAUAUUCAUACAAUAAAUGUUUAGAAUGCGAAUUUAAAAAUGUGCAGGGUUACCGAAAGAAAAUCGAAAGUUUAUAAUUUAUGUGUUUAUGGUGUACGGAAAAAGGAUGCGAUUUUGAAAAUAUUCUAAAUAAGAUCAUUAAACAAUUCCUAAUUAUAAUUCGUCGAAAUAAAAUUGACUCAAAAUCUGUAUUAAUCGCUGAGCCGCGAUAAAAUAAUCAUCUUGUAUAAUUUUGUUGUACGUUAAACAUUUUUGUUGAGACUUAAAUUAUAACUGCGCAGGGUGGUUAUUCGACAAAGCAAGAGAUGUGUUUGGCGUUCGUCACGUACUACCCACGGACGCCUCUGGCUAGUUGUUUUAGCAUGACGCCGGUGCCGUUUUUCUUCGAAACAUUCGGUAUCCAACAAUUUUUGAACUACAACAUGGAAGGAGUGGAGAAAAUAUUCUUGAAAAUGGCAGAUACCACGUAAGGAUUAUUAUUAUUAUUAUUUUUUUUUUUUUUGCAGACAUUGCCGUUUUAACAUGGUACCCGUUAGUGAAUGAAACUUAAUUAUUAUAUAAUAAGAACUGCUGCAGCUAAGCGACUUACUAUUUUAAGAAUCCGAUACAUUAUGUUAUAAUAAUCUUUUUUUAUUAGAAAUAAACAAUCUAUAUAGUUUACGUACAACAAGUUUAUGUGGUAAAAAUAAUUACAUAGAUGUGAAAUAUUGAAUAAGAAUAUUAUUUACAAUAACUAAAUUUGUUUUAAUGAUACCUACGAUUUUAAAUAUUACGCGUUUAUUUAUUUUGAGAAUUUUUGAUUGAUAAUUUAGUAAUUUAUAAAUUAAAUUAAAAUUAAAAUUAAAAUAAUUAUAUACCUAUAAUUAUUGGAAUGAAAUAUGUUUCAAACGAAAUUCGCGAUGUAAUAAUACCUUAUGCUUAAUAUUUUUGUCGAAUUUUUCCGAAAAAUAUAAAAUAUUACACUGUAUUGUGUCUCUUAUACACAGGAUGUACCUGCACGAAGAUAAUAUGAUCAUUGCGAUAUUUAUUCGAAUGCCGCACGACGUGCUGUCGCACAAAUGAUGUUUCACUACUCCCCCACUAACCAAACUUAAAAAUGGGAUCUCUCGAUAACGGGUUGACAGAAAGAAUUUUUAAUAUAUAUUUUCAUAUGAAAAUUAAAAUUUGGUAGUCGGUUCACCGCCAAAAAUAAGGUUGACAAAAAUAAUGGUGAUGUAACAUUUUAGACCCGUUUAAUUUUGAAAUUAACCAAAAAAAAUCGAGAGGGGGCAAAUUUUACUCUAAUAAACAAAUUCUGUUGUUCAUGCGUUUUUUUCCUUUUAUCAGCGUAUAAAAAAUGUUUGAAUCAAAAAGGUCUAUAGCAAAGUCUGAUGAGUUUCCCAGCACAAUAUUUAAACCCGUAAGUAUAGCGUUUUUUUCUCCCUUAGGACCAAAAAGCCGCCUGCGUUUUCGACGACACCGUCGUUUGACUCGUCGAAAUCGUUGGACGAACUCAACCAGGCACAUAUAUCGUACCUAUUGAAGCAGCCAUCGUUCACAAUUGAAGACGACAACGAACCAAAUCUGUUCAAGGACCUGGAAAUCAUGGAACCCGUAGAAUUCCAGAACAAGACGUUCCAACAGCAUUUGGACAAUCUCCCGUGGGAAGAAGCACUGUUCACCGGGAAUAUCGAGAGGCAGCUGAUUAACGGCAAACACAUGACAUUUUGCAGGCUGCACAACGAUACGUUGGCCUUGGUGAGUAUUGUCGGUAGUCAUUUGUUUUAAUCUAAGAAAUCAAACACAUUUUUCAUACAAUGCAAAUAAUAUCUUCUUCUUCUCUUCCACCUUGAGUCCAGCUAUUUGAAAUCGACCACCCUCGUUCUAAACUUCCACAUGGCCCGAUCUCCCAACUCGCAUCAUUGAUCAUUCUCAAUCGCAUCCAAACACCUCGUUUUCGGUCACUUUUCUGCUACAUUUAUUUUCAUUACAAUUUAUAUUGCUUCUGAAUCCUCUCUAUCCUCAUGAUAUGCUCAAACCGUCUCGGUCUAUUUUCUCUCAUUUGGUCUACUAUCGAAGCCAUGCCUGAGCUACCUCUUAUGUAAUCAUUUAUUAUCAUUCCUUAUCGUUCCUAUCUCGUCACUCCAUUCACGCAUCUGAAUAUUCUCAUAUCUGCUGUAUUCAUUCUUUGUUCUAUUGUUCUGUCUACCGCCAUACACCAUGAACCAUACAACAUAAUCGGUCUCACCACACUUUUGUAGAACUUUUAUUAGGUUUUAUAUGAUUCCAAUUUAUUUGAGCUGGCAGAAAUGAUUUAAAAUUAAAAACUAGAUUUGUUAUAAGUUGUUUUCUUUGCUAAAAAAAAUAUUGAUGAAAUAACGCUUUUAAAAUCGUUUGAAGUUUUAAUGUUCAGGAAAAUCAAAUAAAUUCAAUUACUAUUUCAAUUUAUAUUACUCUUUAUAUAUUCUUUAUAUGAUUUUUAUUAAUACCUACCGAACUUCCUACAGAAAACAGUAAUACACCAGUCAGCAACAUCAAUUAUUUUGUUUUAUGUUUAAUGAUUUAAUGUUUGCAGAGAAAUAUAAAAAAAUAUUCCUCUCUUUAUAAUGUAUAUUACCAACCUAUACCUACAGUAACUUAAUUGGAAAUUUUUAGCAUUCGCUUUAAUAAGGCAACUGCAAAUAAACUACACGUGUGUUUAAAAGAGAUAAAAUUCUAUUUUAAAAGCUAAUACUUACUAUUAUUAAAUUACUAUAUUUUCAACGCUCGUUAAAAAGGAACGUCUUGGAAAAAAUAAAAAUGCAAUCACUGUUGUGCGAAAAAAUCUACCUACUUAUAUAAAUUUAAUAUUUCGUUUUUGUAUUAAUAUAAACCGUAAAUCUCACAAUUUUCGAUUGACUCCAGAAGCUGGAAUACCUAAUAUCUGUAUAUAUAAUUUACAGAACGCUAAAAUUAUUUUGUUGUUUAAACAUUAAGCGCAGCCCCUUGUCACUGCCGUUGAACCGCGGUACCUAUACCUAUAGUUAAAAUCAUUCGAAUGUUGGGUAUAUACCUAUAUUAUUUUAUAAUUUUCCUAUUAAAUUCCGGAUUCUUUUAUGGCUCCCAUUACAUAUUAUAAUGAAUUACUUAUAAUUUUGUUUAGGCCUUUAUCGCAUUAUUAAUAACUAACGUAAGUUUAACAAUAAACUUAAUCGAACAUCUAUAAUAUAAAUAUACGCGCACCGCGACGCUAUAACCUUUAUUAUUUAUUCGAUUGUGAAAAGAAUCGAACUUACGUAGAGUACCUAAUUUAUGUACAUGACAAUUGUACAACAUAAUAUAAAUCUUAUGUAAGAAUAUAAUGUAAAAUAAUUGUUAAAUAGUUCAUUAUAAUGUUUGAAAUACACAAUAAUUAUUUAAUAAAAAGUAUGUUUUCCAUUUAUCAUUUUUUUUUUGGCCACGCAAAAGCUGUAAAUGAAGUUAAAUUAAGACACUCGUUAGUGUUGUAAUUGGCAGGGGCGGAUCUAAAAUUAAAUUUUGGGGGGAAGCAAAAGUGCAAAAAUAUAGUGCUAAAAAUAUUAAAUUAAAACACCUUGUGAACCAAAACCUACUACUCCACUUUUGUGUUUGAGGAGGGGGUAUAUAACCCCGUUGCCCCCCUGGAUCCACCACUGGUAAUUAUUAGGUAGACAGUGGGCACGUACAAUAUUAUUUAAAUUAGGCAGCAACGAACAGAAUUAUUUGCUAAUUUGUUAUUGUUCUGGUUAUUAUUUUCGCGUGCAUUGUUAUUAUCUUAAUUAGUAAUAUUUCUAUGAUUAUUAUCAACCAAUCGAUUAUUAAAACCCUGAUGAUGAUUAUUAUUGGGUAUAGGUACCUAUUAUUUUUACAAGCUUUACUCAAAUGUCUCAAUGCAUCCCUGUCGGAUUCAAUUUCCGUUUAUUCAGUUUUAGCGAUUGAUUUUCUCAAUUUUAAUCAGUAUGGAAGUUCCUAGUUUGGAAUUAGGAGUUAGGAUUUUGAUUCGUUAAUUACUUAUGAACUUUCGGCCCCUAUGCAUUUGGACUUGGGACGUUAUGUAUAAUAAUUACGGUGCUUAGUUUGUAGAUAUUUUACUCGUUCAGAAUUAGAAUAUGCGGUAACACGAUUUUUCAGGAUGUAUGAGCUUCCUCGUAUUUUUAAUUGUAUUUUAGGCGUAAUCACUUAAUUUUGCAAUGAUACAUUUUAUUAAGAGCGGUAAAUUGCUCGGUUCUACUGCGUCAACCGAUACGUCACACGCAUUAAUGAAACCCUGGGUAAAUUAUCUUAGGCACUAAUUGAACAGCCGAGUGGAAAAAGGAUAAUAUUCCGUAACACCCAAUUUUUAGAAAAUUUAAAAAAACACUGCUUAUUUCCUUAAGUUUUAUUACAAUAAAAAACUUGUCUGUACAACAUACGUUACCUAAUACCUAGCCUUUAAAAUAGAAUAUUAUUUUAUAUACGUUUAUUAUAUGAGUAUAUCUUUCAGCUACAAAAUGGUCAUCUCAGUUUAUUUUUCGUAUUUUUGGAAUGUUAUCCUUUGUGUACUCAACGAUUUUUAUUUAGUGGAGCAAUUUGUUGGUUUUUAAACCAACUAUAAUUUCAGAAAUUUGUAGUUUUCUAAGGUUUCGAUUCAAAUUCUAUAGUGUAGUAUGUUCAAGAUUAUAUAUCCAUUUAAUUGGCUAUGUAUUCCUGGAUGUUUACGGGAUGUCUAAACCUAACUGCACUUUAUUUAAACAAUUUUUUGUUCUGUCCAAUCUCUCUUCUUCGUGGGGUAGGACGGGUGGGCCUCUACUGUCGGUGUGAAGUUAAGAGGGUAAAAUUCUAUUUAUAUCUGUACGCAACGAUAAACCAUUGAAAACGAAUUUAGAGUGAAGUUUCUUUUAUUCGUGUACGUAUAUUUUCCCGUUUUUCCAAAUAAUUAUGAAAACUGCUGGGAAAAUCAAAAAAGAAACACUUAAUAAUCUGGGCACGAUUUCUGGCUGAAAGUGUUGUUCACAGGUAAAAAAAAAAGAAAGAAAAAUAUUAAUAAAUAUCAUAGUAAUACCAAUACAUUUCUUGAUAUGCUCCAAAUCUAAAAAGCCAGGAUAUAACUUUUAAAUGUCUUAUAUUUUCAAUAUUCUUAUAUAUCAUUUAAAGGAUAAAUACACAAUUCAAAUGAAAAUAAUUAUUUCUCAAACUCUCUGGUAAUGUAUACAUAUUUGAAAAAAUGAUAUCUGUUUUAACAUAAAAUCUUUAUUUCAUAUCAUAUUUUUUCUUUAAACCAUUUUUUUUUUUUAUUUAUUUCUAAAUCUAUGUACAAAAGUAAUAAAAUUACAUGAAUUGAUUUGAAUUGAUUGGACUUAUUCUAUAAACUGUUAUUAACUUUUUUUAUUAAUGUAUGUAAUAAUAAUUUCAGAUGAUAAACACAUAUGUGUUUCCCAACUUCACAGAAUACAGUGAACCGAAGACAGCAGAGGUAACAUGUGUGCCAUUAUCCAACAAGUUUCGAAACGCUGCUAGCAAGACCGUGCAAAGUUCCUACUUAUCAAUGAUUUUUGUAUCAAGUACCGCACUGAUUUACAUUAAAUUAUAUUAGGAACCGUAGUUAAUUAUUAGGGCCCAGAAUUAUAUGCACAAAAAAUGUACAAAAUAUGCAUACAUUUAUGCACCAAUUAUCAUUAAAAUAAGCAAAAAUAUGCAAAUAAAAAUGUAUGUUUAUACAAAUCUACUCUAUAUACAGAUUACAAUAACUAGUCCCAAACUAAUUAUCCUAAUCUAGAAGUGAUUAGAUAUUCUAAGAAAACAAACAAAUUCCUUACAAACCAUAGGAAUAUGUAGGUAAAACCAACAAAUAAUUGUAAAACAAAUGAGUAUGAAACACUGAAGUAUUCGACUAUAAUGCAAUGAAAAAUCGUAAAAUACAGAAAUGUGCAGUACAUAUCAAAAAAUGACAAAAUAUUAAAAAUAAAACUUUGCAUUUUAGAUCUAUUGCUAUAAUUCAAAUUUGUAGCUUAUCUAGCUACUUUUUAGACUGUUAAAAAAAAAACAUGCAAAUGCAUAUAAAUCUGGGCCAUUAAUGUUCAUUUUGAUUCUCUCACACAUUGUGGUCUAGCUCAUAGAUUUAAGUAAAUUUUACCAAAGUCACUUUAUUUUUAUUUUUUUGUACAUAUUCAUUUUGUAUUAUUAUUAUUAUUUUUAAUAAACUUAAUAUUUUCAAUUUUGUACUUGGCGUUUACAAAUCAACAAUAUUUAUUUAUUUAAGUAUUACUACUAUAAUAAAUAUUAUGCACUUCAUUUCUCCUUAAACUACUUAUUGUCUCCUAUAACUUUUAGUAUUUUACUAUUUGGAUAGGUAUUUAUCAAAUAAUACAGCCAAAUGUUAAUUUUGUCUUAUCAAAAAGAAAAUACAAAACUUACAAAUCUGAACAACACAAAUCAAAUAAUACAAAUAAAAAUAACCCAAAACAACAGUUAAGUUUUUAGUUCAACUUUAUUUUCAUUCUGUACAGUCUGAGAAGCAUCAGGUAUUGCUUCAGAACUAAUAAGUAACAUUUUAACUAAACCAUCAAUAGCCAACAUUCUUUUGGUCAAUAAAAUUUCAUUUUCUACAACGGUAUGUAGUUUUGUCAACAGCGCACGAACUUCAAGAGUGGAUGUUUCAAAUGAAUCCCAGUAACAGUCUAUAAG